CGUUCUUAAUAGCACCGUUCAAUUACAUGCCAUCUUCCUCUCCACCGUAAUCAUGGCCCACUUCCAAGACUCUACGGGAAAUGAAUCUGACACAACACCAAAUGAAAUCCAUGAUAUGCUUCAGUCCUCCCUGCCGUCAAUCGAGAAUAAUACACCCGGAAGCCGGAGUUCGACGGAUUCAGCAAAUCCGAAUCAGUCCAAUGACCAAUGUUCUCAAUUCCUCAUACGCCCGAAUUCAUCCACGUUCUCAGCCACGAAUCAAAGCACCGACUAAGAACUGAAUCGACCUUGACUAGGAAAAUAUCACAUACACACUCUUCGGACCAUGUCGGUACAGACACGGAAAACCCAAACAACGAUCAUCCAGAUUUCAAACCCGCUGGCAAAACGCCAUUGACUGUCGCAAUCCAAAAUAUAUGGCCCUGGGAACUGAGCGGCAUCGUUCUGAGCAUCGCCUGCAUGAUCGCCAUCAUCGUCCUGCUUCCUCUGAUACACGACAAGCCAUUAUCGAAGUGGCCAGUAUCAGUACCUCCGAACACCAUUUUAUCUGCAUUUAUAACUGUCAUAAAAUCGUCGAUGCUCUUGGUUGUCGCCGAAAGCAUCAGUGAGCUGAAAUGGCUGCACUUCGAAAAAACGGCGUCCGGCCGUCCACUGGACGAUCUCGAACACUUUGACCGAGCAAGCAGAGGUCCGUGGGGCUCGGUUCUGUUCCUUUACCAUGUACGGGGCCGAUCCCUCUUCGUUUGUUUGGGUGCCUUCAUCACGAUAGUUGCUCUAGCCAUGGAACCUUUUGGACAACUUAUCAUUUCUUACGAGACCCGUUAUGUUCCCGGUCAUCAAACCGCUACGGUACCCGUAGCUUAUAAGUACAACGCAUCAUCCAGUGAAUGGACCAGUGAAUGGGCAUAUCAUGUUCACGCAAUGCAGGGUACCUUGCUCAACGGCCUCUUCGAGGUCAAUGCUGCUCUGCCCUUCAACUGCCCUAGUGGUAAUUGUACGUGGCCAAAUGUUACGUCUCUUGCACUCUGCGGCUCAUGUGCAGAUAUCACCAAUGAUACUGUGCGUUCAUGGAUAACGAUGAAAAUCUGGAAACCACAGGAAUCGGGAUGCUAUACAGAUACUAAAUCCCUAGGAAUCGAUUGCAUUGCUGAUAUUAGAAAUGGUACACUAAUAUCAAACUGCACGCAAUGGCCGCCAGCAAAUUUCGAUGCAGGUAGACACGUUGAAAUUACACACAAAUAUACCUCUCCGAACAAUGCCUCGUUUACCACUGUGGAGAAAUAUUGUCUCCAGACCGAAGGCUCGAUAGACCAGGCUUUGGGGAAUUCCCAUCUGGAAUCCAAGACCAGAGAUUAUAAGGAAGGCUAUAUCUUAGGUUCGUCUAGCCAAUACAAAUACGACAGUAGUAUGGUGUCCGGUGUACCAUUCAAUGCCUCAGGCUUUGCAGUCGUAGUUGGUUGGCUGGGCAUACCUCCCUUUCAUUUUGAAAAUUUCGAAAAGGGCGACCUUUGUUCAUCACGAGUAGAAAAAAUGACCGAGUGCCAGAUCUACUGGUGCUUGAAAACCUACGAAAAUCUUAAAGUGACAAACGGUUCUAUGACGACACCCGUCGUACAUAAUAUACCCAUUCACCAAAACAAGACACAACGUAUCGAUGAUGUUGACAGCGCCUUUAUUUUUCCGCCAGUAGAUAAUUACAAUCCUCGCACCCGACCAGAAGGACGGGAGGCGGUAACAAUCGGACGAUCAGGAAUGUCAAACAUAUUGGGACUAUUUGAGAGGCUAUUUGGCCAGGACAACGCUUUUGAUGGCCAUUUAGACUUCACAUAUCCCCUACAGCGAAACAACGAUCCCCAAAAAUCACUACUAAACAUCUUGGAGAACAUGAACAACUUGAUACGAGUAGCACCCAACAGCAGCACCACGGCCACCGGAACAGCAUGGGUCCCCGAAACCUACAUUAUAAUCCGCUGGCCCUGGAUUAUCCUACCCAGUGUCCUCGUCCUUCUCACAGCCAUCUUCUUCACCGCAACAAUAUUCAUAAGCCACAAAGCACCACUAUGGAAAUCAAGCCUAAUCCCCCUUCUCUUCCACGGAUUGCACGGCUGGAAGGAGUCAGAACUGAGUGUCAUGGGCCAGAAAGAAAUGGACAAAGCAGCCAAAGGCAUGGAGGCCCGUCUUUCAGAAAACGAAAAAGGAGACUUGAAGUUUGUGAAUAUGGCUGAGUCUUGAAGAAAACAGCGAUGAGGAAGACCCCAUCUCGUCGAAAAAUUCGAGAAGUCGACUACGACGAAGUCUGUCCAAGCGACGAAGAGUACUUUUCGGAUGAAUGUGUUGAAAGAUUCCAUAGACUUGAAGAUACCGUCGAUGUAGAUGUUGAAGAGGUCUCUUCGGACAGGAUCGUAUCCAGACUAGAUUCUAAGUCU